AUUACAGUAAAGCAGAGCAAGCAGUUCAAAAUGCCACAAGUAGCGGAUCAACGAGGGGGUAAUGGAGGAACAGGAAGCAGUGGAAGCGGCGACAGCGACGGCGAUGAAUCCACAGACGACCACUACACGUGCUCCGUGUGCCUGGGCACCGCAGUCCGUCCCCGCGUUAGCUUCUGCGGGCAUCUCUUUUGCGCGGCGUGCAUUGAAGGCUGGUUGCAGGCGCUGGGACCCGUUGUCAGGUGUCCCUUCUGCAGGUCGCACAUUGCCGAAAAAACGCUCAUCACGGUGCAAGCCGCUUCAAGCCGCAGCACACCCCACCGCAGGUGCAAAUCGCUGCAGGAGCAUCGCCAGGAAAUGCUGCAAGGUGCGGAGUACGUUGCGCGACCGGCAGCUCUGCCGCAGGCUUCCAUGUUUCUCAGCGCACGAAUCGAACUGCCACUGGACGCGUUGCCGCGCUGCAAGCCGCUGGCCGAGCCGCUGCUGCGCUCAAGUCAAGCCGCAGCGCCCGGUGCAGCGCGCAUUCGUGGACUACAGCUGGCAGCAGCGUGCCAUGACGCUCUUCAUUCUGGUGUUUCUCUUUGCGCUGCUGAACUCCACGCAAGUCCUCAAGUAGCAGCAUCGAAAUUCCUUGACUUUUUCGAAUUAGAUGUCCCAAGAUUUCGUUAAUUAGUCUUCGCAUAAAUGUGGCGGCUCCUGUGGCAUCAUCGUAAGCCGCGGCAAUUAUCGUUCGGGCCCUUUGCGAAACUAUUCCUGUAAUCUCUAUAAUCUUUACAUUAAUGGCCAAGCGGGCACGGAAAACUUUUAAUGGCC